AGCAAUGUUGGCUGAAGUUAUUGUUUUCUGUUUUGGUUAGAGCCGUCGGAUAUAUGUUAUGCGCGGAUGGCACGGGGCCGUGUGGAGACCUCCGAUGGUUGGGCCUGUGCACUGGGCCUGUUGCCCGAUUGUGUUGGCCCUGGUCUGCGCGUGGACCGUAGCACAUCAGGCAAGUUCACCACUAUUCGCUUAUAUGUGGCAUGUUGUUCAGGAGCCACCACCUGUGAUGCGGUCAUCACUGGAUCGCUGGGGUCCAAUCCGGCGAUGGGGUUGUAACAGGACAGAAACACCUUUCAUUUUCGUUCACAUUGGCAAGGCUGGCGGCGGGACAGUGCGCCGCAGAAUUGUUGCGGCCGCCCUCAACUACACGAGGUCGGAGGACAGGACCAAGUGGGCCGACCGAGGUGCAUAUUAUCCAGUGGAUGUUCGCUUCGCUAACGGGACAAGCACCACAGUUUUGGCACGGUUCGACAAUUCAGGCCAUCGCAAUUGGCGUCCGAAUGGAUCUUGGAGGUCAUACGAGGGAACAAUGCCAUGCGUUGCACAGACGCCCAUAGGCCAGGCCAUCGCUUGCCCUGAGAUUCGUCGCGAGUUGAUUCCCAGGUGGCAGUCGAAUUGCCCAGACGAAUGUUGCGUUUAUGUGGGCCACAAUUUUGUGGGGAACGAGAUGCAUUGGCUUCCUCGCCCUUACUUGAAAAGGUGGUGGGAAGCAAAUUAUGGCCGUGACGUGCAAGGGAAUGACCCGAUUGGUCUGUUAUUCAGUGUGGACAGUUCGCUGAACGGAUCCCUUUGCAGCGACUUCGACCCGCAGAUGGAGGAUCGGGUUCCGAAUUUCGCGAUAGAGUUGUGGACAUGCUCCAGGACUCUUGAUUUCAAAGUUGACGCUUGGGCGCAUCAGACUGCAGCCGGACGGGAGUUCGCGCCCGUUUGGUCGUUCGCGUACGCGUCGCUGCCCCUGCUUCGCGUCACGCUGGUUCGAGAGACUUUCGACUGGCUUCUGUCCAGACACGGUUGGGAUCGCUUGUAUGAGAAACACAACCUGAGUUGCCACAACAUCAGCGAGGCAGCAUAUUCGGUCCGAUGGGGCGAGGGAUCCCUGGAGAUGAUCUACGGGCCAGGCUGGGCCCACCGCCUUGCCCUCAGCUGUGUCCUCCAGCUGUGCGGCGAGGACUGCCUGGUCCGGUGGAACGAGGGGGUGGCGAGCAUCGCCGAACUCGAGCGGCAGGCACGGGAGAAUCUGCGCUACUCGUUCGCAGUCGUGGGGCUCUCGCACGAGCCCGAGGUGUUCUACAAGAUGGUCGCUUCCUGACGAAAGAACAACACACGCCCAUGCCCACAGGGGGGGUCGUUGGGAGGAGGACUGGCUAUGGGCAUGGGUUCGGGUUGUCGGACCCUGGGGAACCCUCCCGUUCGAGCGGGGACCCCCAUCCGACAACACGCACCCAUAGCCCUCUCCGAUCCCCUAUGUGUGUGUGUUGUUGGUUCGUCAGCUUCCCGCGUGCAAUACAUGAAGGCCCUGCCUUUCAGCGCGGACAAUGCCGACCUCAGAGGAGCCAGCCACCGUGGAUGCACCCCGAAGAGGCAGUGCAACAGUUGCAAGCAGCUGUACAGCCGCUCAGAUGUCCAGCGGCAGUUCAUCGAGGCAUCUCCUGCGAUCGCGGCCAUGGAUCGGCUCUUCCGCCUGGGCGUUGAGGUACACCGGUUCCAGCUGAAGGAACUACAGGCAUGCGGGGCGUGAAUAGGGCGUACCCUGUUAAUUCCGUCUUUAGCAUCGAUUAGCGUCUGAGAGUCGAUGUGAGAGCGUAGAAUAAGCGUCGAUUCAGCGUCGAUUCAGCGUCGAAUUAGCGCCGAUGAGCGUCGAUUCGCAAGAGCCGACAAGAUGGUAUGUGAGGCUCCCAUGCGUUGCCACCGAACCUUUCCGAGCACGGCUGGAAGGGUUCCGCUGCGACAUCCAGGCCUGAGCGUCCCCCCCUUGGACUCCUGAUUAUCUGUUGCACCUCGGACUCCUGUCUAUCGAAGACGCCUACGGGCGUAGGUCGUUUUUGAGCGAGCAAUUGCUUUUUUGGGAUUGCGUUCCGUUUUGAAAGAGCGGGCCCUCUGUAGAGGUUGGGGGACGAUUGGAUGUGUGGGUCCCAGGAGGAUGUGAAGAACCUCAGGACUCAAUACACACUGCAUGCUUCAAUUGCAGCACUGCUCAAUCAUUUGAUCUUGCUGCAUGAGCGUUGAGCGACCGCGACGCACCAUCUCCGUGCGUGAAGUAGUGUGCGUGCGCUUCUGGUCCAUCCGUGCUCUGAGGCUGGACCUUGGCUUCGAGGCGUACAGGAUCAAUAUCAAUACCUUUCUCCUUUUCCCUUCACCCAGCCCCCUCCUGAAGUGUGAACGCUGCUGUAUCUUUCAGAAGCCGUGGCCAGGGGGAUGGAUGCUGGCGAAGAGGGGACUGGGUUGGGACGGAAGGCGGCACACUCUAGUGCAAGGCUGGCUUGGUGCACUUUUUAUGCAAAGAUAGCAUGUUGUUACAAGCCGCGGAAAUUUGGCAAUCGGCUGGUUUCCGCUGCCAUCCACAGGACUUGCAUUCAUCCGGAGCCUCUUCCUCCUCCUCUUCCUCCUCCACCCCCUGUGUCUCAUUGCGGGCGCCUGUGUGCUAGCGGCGUGACCGUGUCCAGCGCCCUUGAACGCAUGGCGUUUCAUGUGCCCGAAUAUUCGCCCAGCAGGCUUGAGCAUGCCGUCGCAAUCGCCCGAGUGUGGUGUCGUGUAGAGCCUGGUAGAGCUGGGUGCAGCUUCGAGUUUCUUUUGAAUUCAACCAGUAACGACUCGCGUAAAUUCAGCGCCAUUUGAAUUGCGCAGUAGGGAAACAAAAAAGAGUUUCACGGCGCCAACAUCGCAGAGCUGAUUUCGUUCGGAA